CAAAUUCUCAGUUUUUCAUACGAUGUAUAGUGCCCUUCGAGUUUCUUAGGUUUAUUUUUCAUUGUAGAGUGCACUUACACAGUUUUUGUUAUUUCUCUCCCCUUUGCAAAUUCUUCACUCAUGGCUGGUUCAAGAUGGAUAAAGCCUGAGGUAUACCCACUGUUUGCUGCAGUUGGUGCUGUUGUUGGAAUAUGUGCUAUGCAACUUGUUAGGAAUAUAAGUACCAAUCCUGAAGUCAGGGUAAACAAAGAGAACAGACUUGCUGGAGUGCUUGAUAACCAUGCUGAGGGUGAAGCAUAUGCUGAACACAGAUUCAGAAAGUUUGUCCGCAACAAACCUCGUCAGGUUAUGCCAUCUGUCAACAACUUCUUCUCAGACCCUCAAUUGAAAUAAUCAAUCAAAACCUUUCUUUCUAUGCUGAAUAGUUUUCAGCAUUUUUACUUCUCCAUUUUGAAAUAAUUUUAUGUUCAAGGAUAUGUCAGAUAUGUCUUUUUUUCAACUUUCUUAUGGUUGUCACUAUUUUCUCAAUGUUGUAAUAAAAUAGUCCAAUACUUUUUGUUCUUGGUUACAUAAUUUUUGUAUCUAAUACUCUGUCUCUUAUAUUGACAAAAAUUCAAGUUUUAUCA